AGAAGAAGAGGGCGGAGUCUCGGGGAGAUCUGUUGAUCCAGCUCAGUAGGGACAGCCCUGUCAGCCUCCGGGUUUCUCCUGUGAGACCGCAGAGCAGCAGUUCGUUUUCCUGCGUUCACUCUCGGCUGGCAGAGACUCACGCUGUGGACUUGGUUACGCGACGCCUGGAAGUUCUGUUUCCAAAGCCCUGUUCUUCCCAAGGAGAAGUCGAGGAGGAAAACCGAGGAGCAGUAAUCCGAUCUCACUGAGGAAGGUCAGCUCCUCAUCGGAUAUAUUUUGACAUUUACUCUACUGAAGUCAAGCGUGUUACAUCCACUUAUACCAGCUGCAGGGAGGAUGACGGAAUGGCACCAUGCGACACCUCGUGCUUGAGGACUCUGAGAAGAGGAAUGAUUGCCCAUGACUAUCCAUUGUGAACUCUGAGAGAAAGGAACAAAGACACUGAAGAGCAACCCCUUCCACUCCUGCUGGGGUCGCUAGGAGCAAAGGGACUGCAGCAGAGGGGCGGAUAGAGGAUUCCCAUUUAUCCAACAUCACCACUGGGAUACUCAGGAUCUCCUUUAAUGUCAACAACAUCAGGCACCCAGGCACACAGGUAAAGGAACAGAUCUCCGAUGACUUACCAAGGUCUGAUUUUGAGUGUGGUCUUUAUCAUGCUCUGCAGGACAGAAGCGGAGCUAGUGACACAGAAAAAAGUGGUGGAGGUGGGUGGCAACGUGACCUUGAGCUGCCUCCUGAUGGGAUCAUAUGAAAUUCUGCAAGUUACAUGGCAGAAGAAAAAUACUGGAGUGAAUGAAAAUUUGGCCACAUACAGUUUAUCUAAAGGAGUAAAUAUUGCUGAAACAUAUCGAGGUCGAUUAAAUUUCACGCGCCUGUCACUAAAUGAUACGGCCAUUACCCUCUGGAGAGCUAGAAUCCAGGAUGACGGAUGUUACACAUGCCUCUUUAAUACUUUUCCCGACGGAGCCAUCCCACAACACACCUGCUUGACUGUCUAUGAGCAGCUGAGAGGAUCUCUCCAUUAUGUCGUCUCUGAAGGUAACUUGACAGCCACUUGUUCUGCUACUGCCUGGCCUCGUCCUGUGAUCUCCUGGAUUGUGCCAAAAGUUGAGAGUGAAAAGACUGAAGAGGUGAUCACGCACCCCAAUGGAACAGUGUCUGUCAUCAGCAAACUCUAUGUCAACAGUUCUACAAGCCUGGCUGGACAAUUGCUGAUCUGCAGAGUACAGCACAUGGAGAGAGACAGAGAUUACAGUGUGAAAGUGAAAGAUGGUCAGGCGGUGGUUUUCAGUUCCGUGGUUCCUGGCCACAGUGGUCCUACUCAUAGUGUUCGUUGUGUUGGUUCUGACUGUGGUGUGCUGGAGAAGGCGCAGGAAAAAGCAAAGCGAAUUUAGAGCAUCUUAACUCAUCUACUGGAUCAUUCCUUGGCAAACCUGAUUCAGCAUUAGGAGCAGUGACCUGGCAUGGCCUGAAAGUAACAUCAACAAAAGGGAAGUGUGAUUCAAUUUAGACUCUGUAGCUGAAAUACAGGAAUUAAAACACUGACACCAGAUUCAGACAUAUCAGGGACAGACCUAAUGUCGUCUGUCUCAGUCCCACUGGACAGCAACUAUCCACUUGCUUCUUUCCUCCUAUCUAGCUGAUCAGGUUCUUCUUCAGCAGUGAAUGACUGAUGGAUCUGGAUCAUCAGUCCAUGGAAUUCAUUCACGAGACUUGUUGUUUCCCUUCCUUACAUUCCUCCUCUUGCUGUUCAUGGCUCCAGCCACACUUCAUUUACCCUGCACUACUGGUGAAAGAGCUAUAGAAUUUCAAGACAGGCUGUUAACCAGACAAAGCAGUAGUAGCAAAGCUAAUGAAUGAAAGCUAAUCAUUUAAGGAUUAAAAAAGCCAGAAUAAGUUAUUUUCAAAGGUUGAAAAUGAGGAGUAGAAAGAAGGAGUUAAAAUAAAAUCCAAAAAUAGGACUACUGACAUUCCUCAUUGCUCCUUUUUCAUUCCAUUUUCACCCAUCAUACCUCUUGUGUUUUCUGAAGUAGCAAAUUCCAGCUAGUGCCUCAGCUUACUCCCUGCUGAGUUGCCAGAAUGUUUGGACUAGCCUCACAAUGUCCUCCCUGGGUGUUUACUUGCUAUUGGACUAGCUCGCUCUACUUUGCAUUUGGUAACUUAUUUAUACAGAAUAACCAAACACUUUUGCACAGGGCAGCAAUUAUCCUCCACCUAGAGAUAACAUCCUACUUCUCAAUGUUACAUCAGAUGGCACACUCUGACUUGCCUAAUGGCUGUGCUUUCUGUGACUUCAGGAGCAUUUAUAUAAACGUUUGCAUAAAAUAGAUUUACCCAUGUGUGAUAAAUACAGAGGAGAGCUCCCUUUUAUGGACACCCAGCCAGCCAGUAGCUAUAAAAUCCCUCUUAGUAGCUGUCCUCUAAUUGCU